AUGCCAGCCAUCUCUUCAUCCGGGGCGAGACUCAACUCUUGGGUCCCCAGAUCACAUUUUGAAGAUUCGAGUCGAAUUUCCGCACGGCAAGCCGAGGAGCCGACCGGGCCACUGCCUCCCACAUCGCCAGGUUCAGACACCACCUGCUUUGGAUGGGGAUGUCUUACAGAGGCUCAACAGGCCGGAAUUAUCGUCUGUAUCGCCGUGGUCUUUGCAGUCUUAGCAUUCUCUCUAUGGUUCUUCCUCAAGUCGAAGAAAAAGAAGAAGGAAUGGACGGAUCAAGAUUUCAUUCUCGUCCGCAAGGCACGCCGCCGUCGGCGCAAAGUUGAUAGCCGGGCCAGCUCCAUCGUUACUCAGCCGUCGAUUCCGUUCAGACAUAACGGACUUUCUGUUAUACAACAGCCACCGCCAAUUAUGAUCACUCCCCCGACCUUCUUUCAUAUUCCGCCACCCCCUCCACCGCCCGUUCCGGUUUAUGUACCGACGCCGAUACCUCCGCCUCAACCUAUGUACCCAGUGGUCUACCAGCCAUAUCUAAACCACGACGUGUCUAUUCAAGGCGGCUAUCAACACCUGUUCCCGCCUCAGAGAACUUAUGCGGCUCCUGUCGCCCAAAACAGCCGUCAAGGACAACAAGUACCGCAGCCGCCUUCUCAGAACAUGUGGUCAAACCAACCAUGGACACAUCCUCGAGGUGACUCGCGUCCACAAGAGGCGUCAAGUGGACGGCCGUCACUCGCCCGCAGGCUGUUCGGAAUCUUCAGCACCCCGGUAGGCAGAGCCUCAACCAUUGCGAGCUCAGACUCCAAUUCUCUCCAUGCGGUGUCUACAAGGGACAGCCAUCAAUCGAGAUUGUCAAUGACGUCCGUCACCACUCCCCCCUCACCAGAAACACGUAAAAAGCCCGAAGCCAGUCGCAGCACACAGAACGUUGCCUCUCCCUGCGGAGCUACUGUUGCCAGCGACGACCACGUCUUGUCCGCCGAGCGACCCGACGGCCCAUCGCGCAAACCAGGAAAGAAGCAGGCCGCAACAAUCAAGAAGGACUCAAUCGAAUCCAAGACCUCAUUGAAGGUGCACACGACAACUGAGGAAACGAGGAAUCGAAAGAAGGGAAAAGAGAAGGCGAAGCUUGACGUCGAACAAGACAUCCCUGCCGGUCAAAGCCACCACAGCCCUCGCAAGAUCAAGCCAAUGAGAAGUGCUCUCAAAACGCGGGUCACAGCCAUCCCGAGAUCCAAGUUAGAGACCUCUCCGCGUAUGACGGGUGCUCUAGGAAGCUCCAAAGUUGACGACAUACCUUCACACAACCGACCUGCGACAUCUUCAAUGGCUGUGGAAGGCGGGCAGUCCAAAAGCCCAGAUUACGAGAGCUCAUUUAUCAGAAUUGAUGGGAAGGCUGGCACAACCACCAGACAGAGUGAAAAUCACAAAGUCGCCAAACGCAAGAGUCAGAUCGACAGGGAUGGAUCACCAAAGAAAGCUAGAAAGGAUCCGAUGGAGGUGACGCUUCGCACAGUUGAAAUGGUUGGCCGGCUCUCGACGGGUGAUCUCAGUUACCCCAUACAUGGAACUCGCGACAACCAAGUCACUCCUCAGCGAGACCCUCCGAAGAUACAGGAGUACAGCACGCCGUAUCAUGAUGAAUCGGAUAGCGCUGAGGAAUUCGACAUCGACUCGCCGCCGCCUUCUCCGCCAAGGCCAGUUCAUCAAGGCGGCGGUCGAUACGCACCGGACCAGCUUCGCCGUGUAGCAUAG